UGAUGUAUUGAGUUCCAUGUGAACAUCUUUUCCCUAGACGUGGGAAGCUCCAGAGGGAGUCAGACUUCAUGGCCAGUGUAGACAGCAGCUGGAUCUCCUGGGGUGUGGGAGUCUUCAUCCUGAAGCCCCUCAAGUGGACUCUCUCCAGUGUGCUGGGAGACAGCAAAAUCCCUGAGGAAGAGGAGGUUUUGAUUUAUGUGGAGCUGCUGCAGGAGAAGGCAGAGGAAGUUUAUCGCCUCUAUCAGAACUCUGUGCUCUCCUCUCACCCUGUCGUGGCCCUGUCGGAGCUGCGUUCCCUCUGUGCCAGUGUCUGUCCUGAUGAGAGGACAUUCUACUUGCUGCUGCUCCAGCUGCAAAAGGAAAAGAGGGUCACAAUCCUGGAACAGAAUGGAGAGAAGAUAGUGAAAUUUGCCCGAGGUCUCCAUGCCAAAGUCUCCCCAAUGAAUGAUGUGGACAUUGGAGUGUAUCAGUUGAUGCAGAGUGAACAGCUGCUGUCACAGAAGGUGGAGUCCCUUUCCCAGGAAGCAGAGAAGUGUAAAGAGGAUGCUCGGAGUGCUUGCAGAGCUGGGAAAAAGCAGUUGGCUCUGAGGUGUCUCAAGUCCAAGCGGAGGACGGAGCGGCGCAUCGAGGAGCUGCACUCCAAGCUGGAUGCAGUGCAGGGAAUCCUGGAUCGGAUCUAUGCCUCCCAGACUGACCAGAUGGUUUUUAAUGCCUACCAGGCUGGUGUGGGAGCUCUGAAGCUUUCCAUGAAGGAUGUGACUGUGGAGAGGGCAGAGAACUUAGUGGAUCAGAUACAAGAGCUUUGUGAUACUCAAGAUGAAGUAGCUCAGACUCUGGCUGGAGUGGGGAUCAAUGGGCUGGAGAUGGACACUGAAGAGCUUGAGAAGGAGCUGGACAGCCUCCUCCAGGACUCGACUAAGGAGCCUGUAGAUCUGCCUCCUGUUCCCCAGAAGGUGCUGAGUCCCCCCAUUUCUGAUGCUGAGCUGGAAGCUGAGCUGGAGAAGCUCACUGUGUCUGAUGGAGAUUUGGCACAGAAGACUCCCUCUGCUUCCUCUGAACCCAAAACAGCUCUGGGACUGAAUCUCUAAAGACCCAACAGAAUCCUGUUGCUGCAGCUGGAGAAGUUGUCUUAAUGUUUCUUAACUCACGACUAGAACUUCUGAGGAGAGGGGGAAAACACUACCCUGUCCUUCAUGGAUAUCACUUUUGCUCAGCAACAGGAUCUCCUGCCAUGACAAUCCACUCUGGAACUGGCCCCAGCUGGUGUUUGUCAUCUCUGUGCCAACAUCUGCACUGGUCUGGAUCUGACUGUGCCAUCCAGUCU